UUUUUUUAAAUAAAACUACUUAAUUGCCUUCAGCCAGCAGUUUAAGCACUAUGGCAGAAGAAGAGGAAACGAAGGAAUAUCGGUGGGAAACUGGUUACGAAAAAACAUGGGAAGCAAUCAAGGAAGACGACGAUGGCCUGGUGGAGGGCUCGGUAGCCGAAAUAAUACAAAAGGCUAAGCGUAAACGGCAAGCCAUGAAAAAAGGUUACAGCAAACUGGGUAUGAUGCGACAUCUGUACAUUAUACUGGACUGUUCUGAAGCAAUGACCGUUCCGGAUUUAAAGCCAACUAGAUUUGUUUGCACUCUCAAGUUGUUGGAGAUGUUUAUAGAGGAAUUUUUCGACCAGAACCCCAUUUCGCAACUAGGUGUUAUAGCAAUGAAAGCGAAACGAGCGGAAAAGAUUUCUGAGCUGGCCGGCAGCUGCCGAAAACACAUAAAGGCGGUUAACAACCUGAGCAAGAUUGCAUUGACCGGUGAGCCCUCACUUCAAAAUGGUUUAGAGCUAGCGUUAAAAACCCUUAGGAUGGUACCAUCCCACGCUAGUAGAGAAGUGCUAGUGGUAAUGGGAAGCCUAACAACAUGUGAUCCAACCGACAUUCACAUCACUAUAGAAGCAUUAAAGUCCGAGGGAAUUCGUUGUUCGGUUGUUAGUCUGUCGGCAGAAAUUCGAGUAUGCAAAUUUCUUUGUGCAGAAACUGGUGGUGUGUACGGCGCUGUUUUGGACGAUGCCCAUUUCAAAGAUCAAUUACUGCAGCAUGUUGAUCCCCCACAAGCCGGUAGCCAACAGGAAUGUUCAAUGAUUAAGAUGGGAUUUCCACAUGGAAAAACGGAGGAAGGCAAAGAUCCGCUACUAACUAUGUGUAUGUGUCACAUAGACAGCACAGACGAACCAGCAAAACUUACAUCUGGUGGAUAUCAUUGUCCACAGUGUUAUAGCAAGUAUUGUGAGCUGCCGGUAGAGUGUGCCUCUUGCGGUCUAACGCUAGCAUCAGCUCCUCAUCUCGCUCGAUCUUACCAUCACUUGUUUCCGGUUCCACCGUUCCAGGAACUUCAAUUCCAACAGCAGUCCAGCAUUUGCUAUGGAUGUCAGAAAACGUUCAACGAAAGCGUUGAUAAAACUAUAUACCAAUGUAACGCCUGCGAGCAAACGUUCUGCAUCGAUUGCGACAUUUUCAUUCACGAAACAAUGCACUCUUGCGUGGGAUGUACGACGAUACCGGCUUCGGUGCAGGCGCUGCACGCCCGCAAACCGGUUGCUCCGCCGCAUAGUUUAUCAAUACUCUAAAAAUCACAAACACGAGUGGAAAGUAAAUCGAUUAACUAUGAUUUUGUUUGAAAUUACAUAUUCGAAUGUAAUCAAUAAAUAUGAACAUUGAAUGUUUUUAGUAUUA